UGUCAUUGGUGGUGGAGGGGGCUUCUAGAACGCGGCAGUGCAAGGCGCGGGGGCGGUGUUGCUCAGUUCUAACUUGGGACGGGAGAGGCGGCUGUGACGUCAGUUGGAACGAGAACGCGGAAUUUUUUGACUCUAGCCAAGGGGCGGGGAGAGCGAGUGAGAGAGAGAGAGACAAAAACGACUGGAAGGCUCAGAGUCCCGGUUCCUGUGUCUUGUGUAGGGGGGCGGGGAGUCAUGAAACCCCAAGAUGCCUCCAAGCGCAUUCAGGCGCCCACGUCAACCCCUGGUCGGGAAGUCAGGUUUGCUUGUAGACCUGUUGGCUUAGGUACUGAGCCAAUGACACUGGGUUCCCCUACCUCUCCAAAGCCUGGUGCUGGUGCUCAGUUUCUCCCUGGAUUUUUGAUGGGUGAUUUACCAACUCCUGUGACGCCACAACCUCGCUCCUUAAGUGGUCCUUCAGUUGGUGUAAUGGACGUAAGGUCGCCAUUGAUUGCUGGUGGAUCUCCUCCACAACCAGUAGUUCCAACACACAAAGAUAAAGGUGGUGCUCCACCAGUUAGAAGUAUAUAUGAUGAAGUAGCUAGCCCAGGUAUUGGAUCAACGCCCCUGACUUCAAGAAGGCCCGCCAGCUUUUCUGUAACACACAGUCCAGUUGUUGGAUCUAUGCUAAUGACUCCUGGAACAGGUGCCAGUGUGUUCAGUCCAGCAAGUCUUGCACAACCCAGAAAGUCCACAAUGUCUCCAGCUCAACUAGAUCCGUUCUAUACUCAGGGAGAUGCCCUAACAUCUGAAGAUCAUCUUGAUGACACUUGGGUAACAGUGUUUGGGUUUCCUCAGGCAUCUGCUUCAUAUAUCCUAUUACAGUUUGCACAGUAUGGAAACAUAUUAAAGCAUGUGAUGUCCAAUACAGGAAACUGGAUGCAUAUUCACUAUCAGUCAAAAUUGCAAGCCCGGAAAGCCUUGAGCAAAGAUGGGAGAAUUUUUGGUGAAUCUAUCAUGAUUGGAGUGAAACCUUGUAUAGAUAAAAGUGUGAUGGAAAAUGCAGAUAGAGGCUCUAUAUCAUCCCCAUCUUCAGCCUUCCCACCACCAAUGAAAACACUAGGCACACCAGUGCAGCCUUCAAGUACUCAAAGGAUCUCUACUAUGAGACCGCUUGCUACAGCAUAUAAGGCUUCAGCUAGCGACUAUCAGGUAGUUUCUGACAGACAGACUCCAAGGAAAGAUGAAAGCAUUGUGUCCAAAGCUCUGGAAUACAUGUUUGGCUGGUAGCAAGCGAAACUAAACCUGGCUAGAGCUUGUAAUAGACUGUCAGUGCUUCUGGUUAGUUGUAUAACCAUUCAUGGCAGCAUUUCAACAUCACCUCUGCCUUCUAAAAAGAACUUGGCACAUACGUAAUUUGCACUUUAACCAGCAGCUGGAUAUACACUUGACUCGUAAGAUGUUAAACUGUUGCAAUCAGUGUUUAAUAGUCUUCUAUUGUGAAUGCAUGCUUCAAAUAAAAAUUGACUUUUACCUGGUGCACAGGUCUUGGUUUCACGGCAUGGUAACACUGUUCUUAAUUUCCCAGUGGUAUGAUUUUAUUUCUUGCCUGGAAAGAUGGGAAAAUUUUACAGAUUACUGUAGGAAAUACUGGGAUAGAGCUUCCCAGUCUUAAACCAAAUGUUUUAAUUUGAAUGCUGUUUCAGACAUAAUCAGUGUUUAUAUAAAACUUUGGGCAGGUUAUCUCUAAAUCUGUGUCAAACUUUUAAAAAUCUUUCUUAAUAAAAAGUUGUG